AUACUAACACUUUGGGAGCGUCUGGGUCUGAACGCCGUCGACCCCAAUAGCUUCAUCACCAAAGUGAUCGCGCCAGAGAGUCUUCGAAGCCUGUCCAAGGCCUUGCCCCGGUACCCCUGGGACCACAGCCGGACUCACUGGAACGAGACACGCGCGAUCAAGGCUCAUCUCUACGGUCAAAAGCCUCAUCUCCUUCUAGGCUCCCUCUCUGCUUCGAGCACCGGUUCGACAUCGCAAUGGCACAACACUAUCCGGCCUAGGGACCACGAGUGGCUGCAAGGCCACGCGCUCCAAGGCCAGGCUGUGUUCCCCGCUGCCGGAUACAUCGUCAUGGCAAUGGAGGCUGCUCUUCAGAUGGCUGGUGGGCGUUCCGUUCAGCUACUUGAGGUGCUUGACAUGAGCAUUGAUAAGGCUGUUACAUUCGAGGACGAGAACAGCCCGGCAGAGCUCAUCGUCGCGGUAGACACCAUUGCCUCUCAGCCAGACCAGAUAAAGCUCGGCUUCACGAUUGACUCAUGUCUUGCCAAAGAGUCAAAGCCGUCAACAUCUGCUACCGGUCAGCUCGUUGUCACAUUCGGGGACUCUUCUACAAAUGUCCUGCCACCCGCAAACGACGACCCUCCGCACCUUACAACAGUCAACAUUAAGAACUUUUACCGCGAACUGGAUGAGCUUGGAUUCGAUUACAGCAAGGAUUACCGCUGCAUCUACAACCUCGCGCGCGCCGAUGCGAAAGCUACUGGCCACAUGGCCUUCCCGCGUCUGGAUGAUGGAUCUCGCCCAAUCGUGUUGCAUCCAGCUUCUAUGGACUUGGCGUUCCAAACCAUCAUGGGUGCCUAUUCAGCCCCAGGAGAUAAGCGCCUGAGGUCCAUCUAUGUGCCUGUUCACAUUGACCGGAUCAGUCUUGUCCCAGCGCUCUGCGUUUCUGUUGCCGAAUCUGACUCGGCUCCUAUCGUUCACUUCAACACGGCGAACACGUACGAUAAGGGUGACGUUUUGGCCGGAGAUGCCACGGUCUUCUUCUCGGGCGAUGAUAAGCAAGUUCUCUACCGCAUCGAGAACCUGCUCUUGCAGCCACUUUCCAAGCCGUCCGAGGCCGAAGACCAUAAAGCCUUCACCAAGACAGUUUGGGGCCCCUUGAAGCCCGAAGGACUCCUGGACAACCCGGACCUCUGGGCUACUGAGCAGGACAAGCAAGUGAUCCCCAUCAUUGAGCGCAUCUGCUAUUUCUACAUGAAGGAGUUUGUCAGCCAGCUCACUGAAGAAGACCGCGCCAACGCUACGCUGCCUCACCAGAGAUACAUCUACUGGAAUGAGCACGUCUCGGCCAAGGUGAAGGAGGGAACCUGGCAUGAGUGGUAUGAUCCGUCUUGGGAGUCAGAUACGCGCGAACAGAUCGAGCAGUUGGUUGUAGAGAACUCCUACCAUCCUCACGUCAAGAUGGCGAAGAGAGUGAGCGAGAACACCCUCUCAACCAUUCGUGAGAAGAGCAACCCGUUCUUGUGGAUGGACCACGACGGAUUGCUGACGGAGUUCUACACGAGCUACUUGACCAGUGGCCCUGGCUGGCUGUACGGUCAGGAAUUGGUCAGCCAGCUUUGCCAUCGCUACCAGACAAUGGACAUCCUUGAGAUUGGUGGUGGUACCGCUUCGGCAACAAAGUACAUUCUGGACAUCCCGCAGUUGGGCUUCAACAGCUACACCUUUACCGACAUUUCUCCCGCAUUUUUCGAAAAGGCCCAAGAGCACUUCUCAGCACACGAGGAUCGCAUGAUCUUCCAGAAGCUAGACAUCACCAAGAAGCCUGAAGAGCAGGGGUUCAAGCCGCACUCGUACGACAUGAUCAUCGCCUCAUCUGUCCUCCAUGCCACCCCAAAGCUGGCAGAGACGAUGGCCAACGUACGGUCUCUUCUGAAGCCUGGUGGCCAUGUCGUUCUGCUUGAAGCAACCCACCGGGAUCACACCCGUGUUGGCUACCUGUUUGGUUUAUUCCCGGAUUGGUGGGCCGGCAUCGACGAAGGCCGUGAUCUUGACCCCUUUGCAGAUAUCAACCAGUGGGAUGCCAUUUUCAAGCAGACUGGAUUCUCCGGUGUCGACACCCGCACGCUGGACCGACAUGGCAAUCUCUUCCCCAACACUCUCUUCUGCACUCAUGCGGUCAACACAAAGGUCGCGCGUCUUGACGCGCCGCUUUCCGCUCCUCCUACCGACAAGGCACUUCCCCAAAUAGUCGUGAUUGGCGGGGGCUCGGCGAAAUCAGCUAGGAUCUUGGAUGAGGUGCAACAGACACUGCCCGGUCGGGAGAUCGUUUCUCUCAAGCGGAUUGAAGACGUCCUGGAGUCGAGCAUUCCACCCAAGUCGACGUUCCUGGUCCUUUCGGAGCUCGAUCAUGAGACCUUCUCCGGCAUCGAUGAGGUCAGAUUCAGCGCAAUCAAGUCCCUCCUGGAGCUCGCCGGCACGAUCCUCUGGCUCACUGAAAACGCAUGGAUCGAGAACCCCUACCAGGCCAUGACAGCCGGUAUGCUUCGAUCCGCCCGCCUCGAGUACCCCGCCACCCACAAUCAGUCACUUGACGUUGACGACGCUGAGAAGUUGGACACUAAGUUCUUGGUUGAGCAACUCAUUCGCCUCGAGGAGCCUACCGACUCGAAGGAAGACAUCCUCUGGACACUGGAGCCCGAGGUGUACGUUUCCAAGUCUCGUGCCUACAUUCCCCGCAUCAAGCACGAUAUCCAGAGGAACAACCGUCUCAACUCGAAGCGUCGUGCCAUCACGGCCUCAGUUGACUCCCAUACGACGCCUGUGACUCUCUUGGCGUCGGAAGACACUCUUUAUUUGGAGUCAUCGGAGACUUUCGGUGCAGACUCAUCCGCGGAGGCGGACUUGGAAGUCAAGAUAGACUUCUCUCUCGGAAACGCUAUCCGUGUAGGCGAUCUCGGAUUUUGGCAUCUCGUACAGGGUACCACCGUUGGCACGGACAAGGCAGUCAUGGCGCUUUCGGCUACCAACGCGUCCAUCGUCCAUGUUCACCCCAGUCAUGCCUUUAUUCUCCCAGCAUCUGAGAGCGUCGCUGAGAAUGCGUCUGUCCUGCUUUCAACUGCUGCGAGGCUUGUCGCUCAGAGAAUCUUCAAUGGCAUCGCUUCCGGUGCGUCGGUUCUUGUCAUGGAGCCGCCAGGCUUCUGUGUCGAUGCCAUCGUCGAGACAGGGAAGAGCAGAAACGUGCAGGUUCAUUUCGCGACAGCGGGAGCUUCAGUCUCGUCCUCGCUGCCAUGGAUCCGGUUGCACUCCCUGGAGACCGAUGCGGGCAUCAGAAAGGCUCUGCCCGUGAAUCUCUCCGCCUACUAUGAUUUCUCGGAGGGGGCGAGCUCCAUCACCAGCUUGGGCUCUCGUGUAGCCAAACUUCUGCCGCCCGUUUGCCUCAAGUUCGACCGCGGCCACAUCUUCCAAAGCUCUGCUGAAUCCAUCUCUUCACCUGAGCAAGAUGCACUCCAGCGGCCGCUGGUUGAGCAGGCUGUUCUCGCGGCUGCGGCAGAGGUUCCAGAAAUUGUUGCUUUUCCUGAGGUCGAUGAAGAGUCUAGCGUGAAACCUGUCGGCAGCAUCAUUGACUUGAAGGAUGCGUCUGUUACCUCAACCAUCAUUGACUGGAGAACCGAGAGUCGUGUGACAGCACGAGUCCGCGCCGUUGACCCGGGUAAGCUGUUCUCCCUCGACAAGACGUACCUCCUCUUGGGUCUUGCCGGAUCUCUGGGUCGGUCUCUGGCUCGUUGGCUUAUUACGCACGGCGCCCGCCAUGUCGUGAUCUCCAGUCGUAACCCCGAAACCCCUGACCCGAAGUGGUUGGCAGAGAUCGAGAACUUGGGCGGCAUCAUCACCGUUCUGUCCAUCGACGUCUCUAAAGAAGCCUCCAUCGAUGCUGGGCUCGCUCAGAUUAGACAGACGCUGCCGCCCAUCGGCGGAAUCGCCUAUGGUCCGUUGGUACUUCACGAUGCUCUUCUGGCAAGCAUGGACCUUUCCAUGAUGAAUGUGCCCGUCAACUCCAAGGUCGUCGGAGCGCAGAUCUUACACGAACGCUUCUCGAACCAGGCCAAGGAUCCCCUUGACUUCUUCGUCAUGUUCUCGUCGGUUGCGACGGUGGGAGGGAACCCAGGCCAGGCCAACUACACAGCCGCGAACUCGUUCCUUCAAGCCCUCGCUCAGAAGCGUCAUAUUCAGGGCCUCCCCGCAUCGACAAUCGCGAUUGGCGCCGUUAUCGGUGUCGGAUUCCUGUCGCGUACCGGCAGAGAGGAAGAGUUCAAGCUCGCUUCUGACACGGACACGAUUUCGGAAGACGAGUUCCUUACCUUGUUUGCCGAGGCGGUUGUCUCUGGAAGGCGAGCCCCAGGCUCUCAACCAGUGGCCAUUACAGACAUAUCGGACCUUGAGGUGAUCACCGGCAUUCCCGAGUUCAGUGCCCGCCACAAAGACACCGUCAAGUUUUACGACGACCCGCGAUUCGGAAACCUAAAGGUUCCCGAGAGCCGUGCCAACACGGAUGGCGCCUCGGGGGCUAAGAGCUCUGUCAAGGAGCAGCUACUGAAAGCAAGGACACUGGAUGAGGUUCGCGAUAUCAUCAUUGAUGGCUUGUCGCAAAAGAUGCGCGGCAUCCUGCACAUCCCUGCCGAUGAAAAGGUCAACGCCACGACACCAUUGAUUGACCAGGGCGUGGACUCGCUCGGUGCAAUUACCGUCGGAUCAUGGUUUUCCAAGACGCUUAUGAUUGACAUCCCGCUGCUGAGAGUCGUCAGCGGUGCCUCAAUUGCUGAACUUGCCGAGGAGGCGGCAGGACGACUCUCAAGAGCCGCCAUUCCCCUGAUCGAAUCUGCCGACGGCAUCGUCAGCAGCGAAGAUGAUAGCCGCAGCGGUAGUAACUCGCCCAUUGACACGUCGAAUGCUACAUCGGUCUCAGACUUGAGGGGUGACGACGUCGCCUUGGAUGAUAAGACGGCCACUUCGCGCCAGAUCCCGCUGUCUCUCACCCAAGAACACUCGUGGAAGCUCCUUCAGCAACUGUCUAAUGAGCCGACUAUCUUCCAUAACACCAUUGGUGUGUUCAUGAAGGGUUCAGUAGACCUGGAUAGACUUGAGAAGGCCCUGAACAAGUCCCUCCGCCGUCAUGAGAUCUUCCGCACCGCAUUCUCACCUGAGGGAGAGCAAGUCAUCCUGCCUACCCCGGUCACCCGCGUGCGCUAUGUCGAGGUCAAUGACAGGGCAGCAGCAGAGGAGGCCUACAAGCAGUUGGAGAUUGAAGAGUAUGAUCUUGCCGCAGGUGAAGGUCUCAAAAUUGUCGACUUCCACUGGGCCCAGGACGAGCAUCUGUUCGUCAUCGGCUACCACCGCCUGGUGGGCGACGGCUCCACGACGCAGAACUUCCUCGACGAAGUUGGCCAACUAUACGACGGCGCGCAACUUUCGGCGCCGCCGCAGUACUCCAACUUCGCCGCGCGGCAGCGAUCCGACGUUCAGAGCGGUCAGAUGGACGCCGACAUCGCGUACUGGACCUCCAUGUACAAGACCCUUCCAGCGGUCCUCCCAGUCUUGUCGCUCCCCAACGCCCAGAAGCAGCGAGACGCAAGCAACCGCGUCGCCUGGAAGCAACACGUCGGCACGCUCCGCCUAAGCGCGAUCCUGGCCUUCCGCAUCCGCGAGCGCUGCAAGAAGCUGAAGGGCGUAACGCCCAUGCACUUCUACUUAGCGGCCUACCACCUGCUACUCGCGCGCCUCUCGGCCGCAGAGGACGUGGCCAUUGGUAUCGCUGACACCAACCGCGCCAGCAUCCAGGACGUCUCGACCAUGGGCUUCUUCGCCAACCUACUCCCCGUCCGCCUCGCGCCCUUCGAGCCGGCGCAGACUUUCGCCGACGAGCUCGAGUCCGUCAAGGAGCGCCUGCGGCAGGCGAUGCAGCACGCCCGCGUACCCUAUGGCGUCACGCUGGACCGCCUCGGCCUCGCGUCCUCGUCGGCGGAGCUGCCGCAUGCGCCGCUGUUCCAGGCCGUCUUCGACUACAGGCAAGGUGCCGCGGAGACUGGACGGCUCGGCGGUGCUUCUUUCACCGAAAUUUGGGCUUCGCGCGAGCGCACGCCGCAUGAUGUUGUCCUGGAGAUGUCGGAUGAUCCGGCCAAGGAGCCGCUUGUCACGGUCAAGUUGCAGAGCUAUCUGUAUGGAGAGGAGGAUCCGAAGGCAUUUUUGAGUGCCUAUGAGGCUACUCUGACCAGCUUCUCGGAGAAUACCAAGCUGGCAGUCGCCCAGGAUUGA